AUGCAUCCGACGACCAAAUCAUGGGCGGCGGUUGCGUUCAUGGCCGGUGCUGUCAUGGCACAGAGCCAAAGCAUGUGGGGAAGAUGUGGUGGUGACGGUUAUGACGGCCCGAGGCAGUGCCCACGCACUGCAAUCUGCUAUUCUGCCAACCCAUGGUACUCCCAGUGUCAGCCGAUCGAGUCCGGUAUAGGACAGCCGGGGAACCCAAUAGUAAUCACCACGACGGUCCAGAAAACCAUCACCGUGGUUCCCGGCCCUGGACCGACGGUAAUCACCACCCGCUUCACCUACCUCACGCCCUCGCCAACCCUCACUCCAGACCCGCAGUUCACCGUAAUCGACGGCGUCACCUACAGCAUCAUCCGCCCGCGCACCAGCUCCGCGCCGCCGCAGUUCACCGUCAUCAACGGCAUAACGUACAGCGUGAUCCGUCCCCGCGCCGCCGACCCCACUGUUGCCCCGGCGGUCAAGGCACGCGCGCCCCAUCUCGACGACGCCAACCGCAACGUUCCCCGCGCACCGGCAGGCCCCAACCCCAACACGAUCCUCCCCCGCGCACCAACGCCCACCGUCCUCGCCCAGGGGCAGUACUGGAUCCGGGCCGUGGCCCCGCCCAACUACCACAAGUACCUGCAGACCCAGCCCGCCAACGUCGCGGGGCGGGCGGUGCUGGGCGGCGCGGACACGGCGGGCCAGUUCUCGAUCCGCGACGGGCAGCUGGUGGCGGCGACGGGCGCGGGCGAGCCGGCCCUGUACCUGCACGUCGAGCGGCCCGCGGUGCUCACGGACCCGCCGCAGCGGGCGCUGGCCACGUGGUUCAACACGACCAGGAACGACUUUGGGGAGUUUGCCUGGCAGGGCGACUCGCUGGUGUGGACGGCCGCCGAGCUCAAGAGGCAAAACGCCGCCGCGUGGCUGGUGUGCAGGGACCAGGGCUUGUUUGUCAACACGGGUGCUUAUGCGUACCAGACGCCGGCUGGGUGUGUGGACCAGACUAUUCACUACUACAACGACAAGACUGCCAACGACUAG